UUUUUUUCCUUCUCAGCAUUAUGCGCGAGCGGUUAGCUGUUUGGGUCACGAGCUGUCAGGGCAGAUACUUUAGCAUUUGUGGACACGGUCGGUUUAUUCCGAGGCUCAUCCGAUCAGCGGUGUGUCAAAGCUAUGGGAUGAAAUGUGUAAAUGGCGUGAGCAAUGCGUUAUAAACAGAACGGCAGCUUGUUGACAGCGGGGAUUUGGUAUGGAAGGCAGAGAGAGAAGCUAAUUCGCUAACUGGAUAUUUCAGUUCUCUUCAGCAAAACAGGAACUUUACCCGCUUGAUCUAAGGUUGCAGCAUGUAUAGAUUAUUCAGCUCUUAUCGCUUAGCAAACUAGUUUGGAGAUUUGUUUUGGAUUUUCUAGCUUUUCCCUAAGCAGAAAAAACAGUUCCUAUUUUGAAGUGAAUAAACUAAUUGGAGUGAUCAUAAUGCAUGACGCCUACGAGCCCGUCCCUAUUUUGGAGAAACUUCCUCUCCAGAUCGACUGUUUAGCGGCCUGGGAGGAUUGGCUCCUGGUGGGGACUAAACCAGGUCAUCUCCUCCUUUACAGGAUCAAGAAGGAUGACGGUUGGUAUCAGAUUUGCUUGCAUUUUGUUGUGAAAACCUUGUUGUGCGCCAUUGUUUUGAUUGUAUCAUCUUCCUCCUAUCAAACAGCCACAAACAGAUUUGAAGUGUUACUCGAGAAAUCCAACAAGAACUUCUCCAAGAAGAUCCAGCAGCUGUAUGUUGUAUCACAGUACAAGAUUUUGGUCAGCCUUCUGGAGAACAAUAUCCAUGUCCAUGAUUUGCUCACUUUCCAGCAGAUCACUAUGGUACCCAAAGCCAAGGGUGCAACACUCUUUGCCUGUGAUCUGCAGCAGUCUAUUGCAGGUGAAGAAAAGUUGCGCAUGUGUGUUGCUGUCAAAAAGAAACUUCAGCUUUAUUACUGGAAGGACAGGGAGUUCCAUGAACUACAGGGGGAUUUUGCGGUUCCAGAUAUUCCGAAGUCCAUGGCUUGGUGCGAAAAUUCCCUGUGUGUGGGAUUCAAGCGUGACUACUAUCUGAUCCGGAUGGAUGGGCGUGGAUCAAUUAAAGAGCUCUUCCCAACAGGAAAGCAACUGGAGCCCCUGGUAGCCCCACUGGCCGAUGGGAAAGUAGCUGUGGGCCAGGAUGAUCUCACUGUUGUUUUGAAUGAGGAAGGAAUCUGCACACAGAAAUGUGCCCUUAACUGGACUGACAUCCCUGUUGCAAUGGAGCACCAGCCUCCAUAUAUUAUAGCUGUGCUGCCACGUUAUGUGGAGAUUCGCACCUUUGAACCAAGGUUGUUGGUACAGAGUGUGGAGUUGCAGAGGCCACGCUUCAUCACCUCUGCAGGGCCCAAUAUUGUGUAUGUUGCCAGCAAUCAUUUUGUCUGGCGACUUGUGCCAGUUUCCAUAGCGAGCCAGAUCCGGCAGCUCCUACAGGACAAGCAGUUUGAGCUGGCUCUUCAGCUAGCGAAGAUGAAGGAUGACUCAGAUGGUGAUAAGAAACAGCAGAUUCAUCAUAUUCAGAAUUUGUAUGCCUUUAAUCUCUUCUGUCAGAAGCGUUUUGAUGACUCGAUGCAGGUGUUUGCUAAGCUGGGGACAGACCCAACUCAUGUGAUUGGAUUGUAUCCAGACCUCCUGCCUUCUGACUACCGUAAACAGCUGCAUUACCCCAAUCCUUUCCCCACACUCUCUGGAGCAGAGCUGGAGAGGGCUCAUUUGGCUCUCAUUGACUACCUAACACAGAAGCGCAGUCAUUUGGUGAAGCAGCUGAAUGACUCUGACCCCUCCACCACAUCACCGAUCAUGGAGGGCACGCCUACAAUCAAAAGCCGCAAGAAGCUUCUUCAGAUCAUAGACACCACCUUGCUCAAAUGCUACCUUCAUACCAAUGUGGCCUUGGUGUCACCCCUUCUGCGUCUAGAAAACAAUCACUGUCAUGUGGAGGAGAGCGAGUAUGUGCUGAAGAAGGCCCACAAGUACAGUGAGCUCAUCAUCCUCUAUGAGAAGAAGGGCUUGCAUCAGAAGGCCCUGCAGGUUUUGCUGGAUCAGUCUACUAAAGCCAACUCUCCUUUAAAGGGUCAUGAGAGGACAGUGCAGUAUCUCCAGAGACUGGGGGCUGAGAAUCUGGGCAUUAUCUUUGAGUUUUCCCCAUGGGUGCUGAAGGUUUGUCCAGAGGAUGGCCUCAAGAUUUUUACAGAAGACCUAACGGAGGUUGAAAUGCUGCCCAGAGACAAGGUGCUAGACUUCCUAAAGGAUGGUUUUAAGGAGCUAGCUGUGCCAUAUCUGGAGCACAUUAUUUAUGUGUGGGAGGAAACAGGCCCCGAGUUCCACAACGUGCUGAUCCAGCUUUACCUGGAGAGAGUACAAUCGCUGAUGAAAGAGUAUCUCAAUUCACUGCCUGAGGGUGUCCCAGCUGUGCCUGCAGGAAAGGAGGAAGGGGAACUCGGAGAGAUUCGGAACAGCUUGUUGUCGUUCCUAAAUAUUUCAAUAUACUAUGAACCAGAUAUUCUCAUCAGUGACUUUCCAUUUGAUGGUCUGUUGGAGGAGCGAGCUCUGCUUCUGGGACGCAUGGGAAAACAUGAGCAGGCACUCUUUAUUUAUGUGCACAUACUGAAUGACACGUACAUGGCUGAGGAGUAUUGUCACAGACAUUAUGACAAAUCAGCAGAUGGAAAUAAAGAUGUGUAUCUGUCUCUCUUGCGCAUGUACCUGUCUCCUCCAGAUGCACACUAUCUGGGUCCUAUUAAGAUGGAGCUGUCUGAGCCCCAGGCUAAUCUUCAGGCUGCCCUCCAGGUCCUUGAGCUUCACCACAGCAAGCUCAACACCACUAAGGCGAUAGACCUGCUUCCAGCGAACACUCAGAUUGCAGAGAUCCGUGUGUUUCUCGAGAGUGUGUUGGAGGAGAAAGCCCAGAGGAAACGUUUUGAUCAGGUGCUCAAGAGUCUGCUGCAGGCAGAGUUCCUCCGGGUCCAAGAGGAGCGAAUCUUUCACCAGCAGGUGAAGUGUGUCAUUACAGAAGAAAAGACCUGCCGGGUUUGUAAAAAGAAGAUUGGAAACAGUGCCUUCGCCAGGUAUCCAAAUGGUGUAGUAGUCCACUAUUUUUGCUGUAAGGAUCGCAGUGUGUGUCCCAUAGAGCAAUGAGAUUUCUUCGCUGGAUCUGCUCGAUACACCCCUCCAACUUCUUUUAAGAUUUUUACCCAAGGUGUUUUGUGCUGCACAAAUGAAGGAAAUGCCAGUUUGUGUCUUAAACAAUUUCAUAAAGAUUCGGGCACAUUAAAGCCCGAUGUGUCCAUGAAGAAAAGAUACGGUACCUUGGACUAAUGACUUCUUAGCACAUGGUCACAGACAUUCUGACGGUGAAGGCGUGAUUGCUAUUGCACUCCGGCUUUGAAGACAAUUAAGUCAAAAAAGCAACACAUACUGUAGAUCUAGUGUGAAAAAUAAUGAUAGCCUCUCUCAUCAACAGUAUGGCUACUUUAUUUACUUCUAUUAUUUUGAAGCAUGUUUCUGUCUAACUUUGUCAUAUGCCUUGUGUGUGGAAACAACUGAAAGCAGUGUUUUAUGUGUUAAACCUGUCGUUGUUGUGGUCUCACCCAUUUACAAACAGACUGUUAUAACAAUGUACCUUCUGCUUCACUGUACGCACUAAAUGUUCUGGUUAUAGAAGGAAAGACAGAUUCUGGUGAUUUAUUUUUUGCUAGUUUCUCAAACAUUCUGGUAGUUUUGGUCAGAUAAAUGUGCUUGGUUUGUUCCGACCUUAAUAAAAGUGAGACCCUUUUUUGAGCCACUACAUUACCAGGUAUUAAUUCUGUGAUUACAGCAGCAUGGCACUUCUUUGGCUUCUACUAGGCUUUAAUUUAUUCUCACUAAUAGACGAUGCAAGACAAUAAAGCACUAAUGAAUAAAUCGCAUCAUUACACGUUGAUGUUGCUAUAAAUGUCGAUAAUCUCACAUGGAGAAAGGGGUCCUUAGGGGAUCCAGCACUCUUGCUUGUGAAAAUGUGCGCUUGAAUGUGUUAAAAUUUAAUUUGUCACCAUCUUCACCCAUCCUUCUUUCCUCUCUUAUUACGAUCAACUACAACCUCGACUGUUGCUGUUGAGUGGAGAAGACAGUUGCUUUUGUCACUAAGCAGUGUAAGAUAUGAGGUGUGUUUGAAUAUGUAUAAACUGUAUUUUAAAGAUGAGAUAUGUUGAUGCUAAUAAACAUGUAUCCUGUCCUGUGCAA